UUAAUAGUCGUAAUGGCCGUAAGAUUGCUACAAAAGAGCAUUGCUCAAGUUUACAGUAAUACUAUUUUAAAUCAAUUUGGAAGCUCUGCAAACGUUCUACCUGUCACCCCAUAUACUAUUUCUUAUCGUAACACAAGUUUUUUUAAUAAAUUACCUGCUGAUGAAAUAUGGCGUGGAGUUACUGCAGUUAGUAAUGCUGGAAAAAAGAGAGGCCGUGGGAAAGGCUCUGGAAAGAAAAUUGCAAAGGAUCUAAAUAAAGGACAAACUAUUGGACUCGGAAAGAAAAAUGUCAUUUGGCCUGGACUAAAUGCACCUAUUGUACGUGGUAAUGACCUAAUUCGUCAACAAAAACUUCCAGAAUGCUUGGACAGGGAGAAACAUAUAAUAAACCUUCGCGAUUCAAUGGGACGUUUUCGAAUGAUGAGACUAAGCCCUAUAGAUCGGGGAUGGUCCGGUACCAAAAUCCCCGGGCGCAGCAUUGGACCUCCCGAUACAGUUGGCGAAGAAUAUGACUUUUUUGACACUAGAGUUUUGGAAAAUAAAAUAGUAUUUAUUAUGAAGGGGAAUAUGGGAAGGAAAAGAAGGUACUCAGUUUUAUCCAUCACUGGAAACGGAAAUGGAUUGGGUGGAUUUGCUACUGCGAAAGCUCCAGAAGUGCGGACCGCCCUUCGUAAAUCAAAAAAUCGGGCAGGACAAAAACUAAUGAAUAUUAAUCUCUGCGAAAACAGAACUAUAUUUCAUGACUUUUAUACAGGGUUUGGUAAAACUAAAAUUUUCGUUUGCAAAAAACCUGAUGGUUAUGGUUUAAUAUGCCACCGUGCUAUACAAACGAUAUGUAAAGUAAUUGGGAUAAAGGACUUGUAUGCAAAAAUAGAAGGAUCAACAAAUCUACAGCAUAUUGUCAAAGCUUUUUUUAUAGGCUUACUGCAACAAAAAUCUUACCAAAAUAUUUCUGAUGUAACUAAUUUUCAUAUUGUUGAAUAUCAGAAGGAAAAAAAUGGGUUUACUGAGAUAAAAGCUAUCCCACAUUCAACUUCAAAAAUACCAAAUAAAAAUCAUGUAAUAGAUUUAGCUCAAUACGUUUUGGAAAAAAGAAACGUAUUAAGGAAAAAAGCAAUUCCAACAUUCUAUCUACAUUCGAAGGGUCAUAACUUGUUUGUAACUAAACAAGAACGAUUUCGAAAUCAUGAAACUGUACGUUUGUACAAAUCAUUACAUGGGAAAUAAUUGUAUAGUAAUACAUUGAAUUAUUUGGCGUCGGCCGAUUCAAUUAAAAAAGCCAACAAAAUGUUAUUUAUAUAAUUAUUACGUA